AUGAAGCAUAAAGUUAAACGUGAUAUAAUCAAAUGCAAAAAGAAAUUGGAGAACUCCAUCAAAGCUUUGGAAGAAAAAAUUUUAAGACUUGAAAUAGAAUAUCACCAAAAUUGUAAUGUUAAUGGAGGGAAUUUAAUGAAAGGCUGGGAUAACUACUUAAGGAAGGCGUCCCUGGAACCCCUAUGCUUUAAAACGUUUAGAGAUGACUACAUGAGAACACGGAAAAGGGGAAGUAUAACCAUUAAGGUUGAGGAGUAUAUGAAAUUUCGCUCACCUACACAAGAGCAGUGGUGUAAUGGAACAUAG